AUGAAACAUUGGGUUCCUUUUGACGCCUCAUCUGAACGAAAGCUGACCAAGGAUAUCUGCAAUCUAUCUAUCUAUCUAUCUAUCUAUCUAUCUAUCUAUCUAUAUAUAUAUAACGUUUAUAUAUCAAAACAGUCUAUUCCUUAUCUAUCUAUCUAUCUAUCUAUCUAUCUAUCUAUCUCAGUCUCUUCAUUAUCUCUGUAUCUAUCUAUCUCACUCUUCAUUAUCUAUCAGUCUCUUCAUUAUUUAUAUAUCUAUUUCAGUCUCUUCAUUAUCUAUGUAUCUAUCCAUCUUAGUCUCUUCAUUAUCUAUUACAGUCUCUUCCUUAUGUUUCUAUCUAUCUAUCUUAAUCUUUUUAUUAUCUAUCUUAGUCUCUUCAUUAUCUAUCUAUCUAUCUUUUAUAAUAAUUUAUACAGAUUUAGUUCAUUUUACAUCUAUUUUUAUUUAUAUAAAGUUACAUUUCCAUCUAUCUAUCUAUCUAUCUAUCUAUCUAUCUAUCUAUCUUUCUAUCUAUCUAUAAAUAAAGGAUUCAACAUUUCCAUCUAUCUAUCUAUCUAUCUAUCUAUCUAUCUAUCUCUAUAUUGA